UACUUUUUAUAUAUUAUUUCAUUUGUAAAAUUACUCGAUUGAAAUGGCAGCCAAAAUAGAUGACGCCAUGCUCGCCGGCGCGCUUGAGUACUGGAAGGGGGUGAAUCUCGGCACAAUGCUGCGCGAGCUGGAGACGGCCGGGCUGGCAAUUAUCGACAACCAGAAGUUGUCUCUGCAGGAGCGACGCAAGCUGGCCGAAAAGACAAAGGAAUUCCGCGCAGUGCCCGACGACCUCAAGGCGACUGAAUUCAAGCCGCUCCUGCGCGCAUACCAAAACGAAAUAGACGCUCUGACCAAGCGGAUGAAGUACGCCGAAAACAGCUUUCUCGGCGUGUUCCAGUCCCUCGGCGACGCGCCCGACCCAGCACCACUCAUUUCUGGCCUCGUGGAGGAGCGCAGGCAGGGCCGAAAGCAGAGCGAAGCCCAGGCCGAGGCUCAAAGGGCUACAGCCAAAGCGCAGGCGCUGGCAGAGGAGAAUGCGCGCCUGCGGUCGCUGGGCUCAGAGAACGAGGCGCUGCAAAAGCAGGUGCGCGCCCUGGAGAGCUCCAUCGAGGAGCGCGUCAAGGAGCAGGCGGCGCAGCGCGAGCGCGAAAUCAGGGAGCAUAACGAGGACCUUGUGCGCCAUCUCAAGGACCGUGAGGGCGACCUCCAGCGCCAACUAUCCGCUGCCAACCGCACGCUUGUGCAGCUGCAGUCCACGUAUGACUCGGAAGAGGCUGAGCGCCACUCGUCGGCCUCGGCCGACCGCGAACUUAUUGCCAAGCUGGCAGAGCUCGAUAUUAUGCAGUCGGACCUGGACCAUGCCAACGCCCGGCUUGCCGAUAUGCGGGUGCAGAACGCUAAGCUGCGCAGCGAAAUGGCCACACUCACUGGAACAGAUGCUGCCGGCAUCAGCAGCAGCGGAGGCUGUGGCGUGGCAGAGACCCUGGCCGACUACCGCCGCCGCGUGCGCGAGCUCGAGGACGAAACCAAGCGGCUGUUCGAUAAGCUUGAGCGUGCCGAGGCCGAGCUCUCCCACCAAGAGUCCAAGCUCGAAUCCGCCGUGGGAGCCGCCGAGCGCGAGUCGGCAGCCAAGGACGACGAGCUGCGCCGAUUGAGGGCAGAGCUCAGCCGCCGUGCUGACUAUGACGAGAUCCACCGCGACCUGGACAUCAUGAAGUCAGUCGAGUUUUCAGUCUCCGACUGGGGUCUGGACGACACAUCAGCGGCGGCGGCGGCGGCAGGUGCCGAGGAAGAGUCGUUGGAGAAGCUUUUGGUGCGGCGCAACAAGUCGCUCGAAAACAAGCUGACUGACUCGCGCAACCGCCUGGAUCGCUGCCAGGCUGAUGUCCGCGAGUUGAACGAGAGAUGCCGGGGCUUGGAACGCAGCCUGGCCGAGAAGACUGCGCUGGCAGAGCGGCUGGAGGCCGACCUCCUUGCUGUCCAGCCGCUGGCAGAUAUCCAGGGCGACAACGCCAGCGCGUCAAAAUCCUUCGACGCAUUUUCUGAGGCUACAGAGGCGCAAGCCCAGGCGCAGGCAGAACCGGCGGCUGCAGGCAACAGCGGGCUUUUGGACAUUAUCACAGGGCAGCGCGACCGGUUCCGGCAGCGCAACGUCGAGCUGGAAGACGAGCUGCGCGAGCAAGGCACGUCCGUAGCAGACAUGCGGCGCCAAGUCGAUCAGAUGAAGCAAGACAACCUGCGUCUGUACGAGGAGAUCAAGUACCUGCGCAGCUACACGUCCACCAUGGCAUCCUCAUCGACCCUGACGCCCACCACAAUGAUGCACCUUGAUGCGCGCACACCCAUGCCCAGCAAAUUCAGUGCCUCCGGGCCCCCCUCUGCAAACAACCCGCGUGUCCAAAUCGACAUGGACACGGGCGUGGCAGCCAAGUAUAAGGGCAUGUAUGAGGAAUCGCUCAAUCCGUUUAAUGUUUUCCAUAGGAGAGAGACAUCGAGGAGAGUGCGGUCGAUGGGAGUGCUGGAUCGUUUGGUGUACUUGUUUUCGCAUUUCGUUAUGGGAAAUCGCCGCGCCCGCCUGGUUCUGGUUGUCUACGUUGCUGUGCUUCAUUUGCUGGUGUUUGUCACGCUGUAUCGUUCAAUGCUGAUCGCUGAUGAGUCCUCUCAUGAGCGCGUACUGCCGCUCCCGCCGGUUGGAAAUUAGCGCUCCUUAUAUGUAAUGUUUUCCUUUGAUAUAUGAAUGAUGUGAGUGAUAUGAGUGA